GUUUAAAAUUUAACAUGAUGUUAAUUUCACAUCAUAUUACAUACUAUCUAGUUAUAUUUUUUCCCUUAUGGAAAAUGUUAUUUCUUAGUAAUCUUGGCUUUAUAUAUACAGCAUCAUUAAACAUUUUGUAUUUAGAAAAAAAGAUCUUGCUAGGAUCCUUUAAGUGCUUUUAUUUAAAAAAAAAAAAAAAAAAAAAAAAAAACUUCCCUUGACUUCCAACAUGGCUGCCAACAUGUAUAUUUUUUUCCAAAUGGCAAAACAAUAAACAGUAUGGGUCUCAUUAGGUGUGAGGAAAACAGAUGGAAAUGCAAAUACAUUCUGACACCACCAUCCUUUUCUGGACCACCUCCGCACCUCUGCCUCACAGACACAGUGAAUUUAAGCACUAUUUUUCCCACAGGGGAAAAGAAAUUAAUUACUUAGAGCAUCUUAAAAACAUAUGCACUUCUAAAAACACUCCUUAGCCAACAUUAUAUAGUCCAAGAUGUAUCCUUUCUUACACCUGGUUUUGAAUUUUUCUACCUCAAUUUCUCUCUUGGAGCCCAUACUCAUCCUUCUUCUUAGUAAAAUUCCCAGCUCUAUCUUUAAGUUCACCUCCUUUUCUUACCACUUAUACACAUUUGCCCCUGUGAGGUACUUACUCUUCCUAACAUUAUCUAAAGGGCUCACAUGAGGAAAGUUAUGUUCCCAGGAAGAUGAACUGUACUGUGUACAUACAAAUUAGUGGUGGCUACAAAAAAAGAGCAAAAUCCUUGUGACUUAGAGAACUCCAAUGUUCAAUUUGAAGUACUCCACAUGUGUACUCUGCACAAAGUAGCAUUUUGCUUCUUAAAGUUUUAAUGUAAGAGCCUGUUUCCUCUGUCUCUGCCCCUAGUCUCCUCUUGUCAUUCUGUCUCUCACCUGCCUUCACUCAAGGCACCACUUCUUGCGUUGGUUCCUUUUUUAUAAUAUUCUACCAGAAACAUAUGUUUGUAUACCCUGCCAAUCUAUCUUGCUACCACAUCCUCAAAUAAUUAAUAUUUCAGGUGUGUAAAUCUGCCUCCCUUAAAAAGAAAAAAAAAAAGAAAAAGAAAAAGCUAGGAUCAAGUCUUUUCUAGAAGCUGUUAUUUAAUAUCCUGAGUUUCAAAUCUCCCUCAAAGUUUCAAAAGAUAGACCUAAACACAGGAUAAAGUUGACAUAAGUAGUAAUCCCUAUAUUUCAAUGACUAAAUCACUUUGUUAAUCUCCAAUUUUUGUUGUUGUUACACAGCACUAAUGAUACACUUUGUAUCUGGCAGGAUGUGUACACAUAAGCCCUACAAUGGGAACAGGAUGGCACUGAGGAAACUGUACAAAACUCAGAUGCAGGUCAUGCAGUUAAGGCAACUGUCAAAUGAUUCUGAUGCAAACUUUUGUGUGACGGGUAAUGGCAAGAGUUAGCAAAGUUAUUCAACAGCUGUAUAUAGAUUAUCUACCUAUACUCUUUAAGACAAAGUAGAAGAACCCUGAGAAAAUGCAAGGAUGAAGGUCUGUGAUUUUAAGGAGUGUUGAUUCAGCAUCAUACACGUAGCAUCUGCAGAGCCUGGAGGUCAAAAAGGGAUGGUAAGGGGAGCUAUCCUGGAAAGAUCCAUGUGUUUAUCACAAAUACACCGGGUACUAUGGCUUCACACUGUCCCAAUUACAGCCCAGGCUCAGGGUAAGAGAAAGCUGGGACUGUGUUCAGAGUGGGAUGCUUGCCAGCACCACAGUCUUGCACAGUGAGCCUUUCUCAGAGUCUUUCUCUGAAAAACGCUUAACACUACCUUUCUUAUAAGGUUUUGGUGAGAACUGAGAUGAGUGUAAAAUGCAGAUUGGACACAGCGCCCCCUGCCGUCCAAUGGUAUUACUGCACCUCCACGUCUCCCCUGCAGGCACCCCACCCACCCUGUGCUGCAGGACUCAACAUUUCCCAGAGGCACUGGCAACUUCCUUUCUUUGCUGUUGCUCCUCUCACCACCUGAAAUACUCUCAACAGCCUCAAAUAUACUUGUGGAAAUGCUAUGCAUGAUGACAGCAUCUGGUCCUUCCCUCUGUAAACUCAGUUUAGUGAAAGCCCCCACCACAGUGCUGGAAGGGUAGGCAGGAGAGCCUUUGGAGCACUUAUAACAGUGUAAUUCACUUAUUUUCUAGUCAUCUGUUUAAUGUCUGUCUUCCCCACUAGACCGUCAAUUUUGCGAGAACCCCAGGACUGCUUUAUUCACACUUACAUUCUCCUUAAUUGGCACAGACUAGGCACUCAAUAUUUGUUGACUGCAUGAAAUAAUGAAUAAAGAAAUGGAUUAAUGAAAAAACACGUAACCAAAAAAAUGGUGUAAGGAUGAAGAACAAAAACUAGUUUUGUAGGAAACUUAACCCGAUUACUGUUGACAAAAUUGAAGAGGAGAAAUGAUGGGCAGAGAGAAAGUCAUACUAAAAAGUUUUUGGGUGUAAACUAGGUCUUAGUGGUGGGAAUAAAAAGUAAGAAGCAAAAUCAAGAGGUAUCUGAAGAAAGUUAGGAAAGGAUCAACAUCUGCGUGAAUGUGCAUCUCACUGGAUUUCAAGAUAGAUCCACUAGAUAAAAUUUGUUGGUGGGGGUGUAGGUUAUAAGGGCAGCGAGCUCAUGAAUUCACCUUUAGGUGAGAGGAAUUCAAGGGGUAAGUGGAAACAUUACAAAUGUCUAGUAGGUGGUUGGACACAGGACUAAUGCAGAAGUGUCAGCUUAGGGUUAAGAGCAAUAUGUCACUGGAAGGGGUUCAAAACCCUCAUAUUCUUUUUGGCAGGACAUGGGGAAAAGAGAGCUGAGAGAGUGAAAGGGAUAAAUCAGCCAUCAAAUGAUGCACACAUUGCUAUAAUUAAUAAGCAAACAAGUCAAGGUCAAGAUAGUUGAGAGACGGGGACAGUUAACAACAGGGAACAUCAACAGUGUUGAAUACAGUAACAAAACAUAAUGGAUGUUGGCUUCUCUGACUUUUUUCUUUAAACAAACAAACAAACAAACAAACAAACGGGUGAACCUCAAAAGAGAAGUUUCUCUAGAGUGGUAGGGGCAGAAAGCAGGAAACCGGAGGCUGAAGUAAGAGCAGAUGGUGAAAUUGAGACAGUGAAGGAAGUAAUUAACCCACAUUUACUAGCAGUUGAGUGUAAACAACAAUAACCGUUUAGAGAAAAGUGAUCAUUGUACUAGGAUAAUCAGUGACACAUUCUUGUUGCAAAGUAGUGUUUCAAAUGUGUCUCCAUAAAGGAAAUCCAUAUUGGAGGGCAGAUAACUGACAAAGAAAAUUGGCAACAGUGACCUCUUGUCUGGAUUAACUUCAAAAGAAAGACAAGGACAUCCUUCUACUUAAUCACAGAGGAAAAAAGGAAAGAAAUUGGUGAAAAUACAGGGAAAUCUGGAGGUGAAGAAGUGAGGAACCGGAGGAGGCUUGUAUUUCUUCAUUGACUCUGCUAUGUUCAGGGAAUUUGGCCAGAAGCAAAGCAGUGUGAGAUCACUCAAGACCUUACUGAUGAAAGCUCAGCAGAUUCUCCAUAAUAGUGUUAAGAGCUGAACUAAGGCAGAUUAGGACAAAAGGAAAAUACCAGACGCUACUCUGCAGGCUGUAUUAACUACCACUUACUGGAUAUAUUCAAAUCCUUCAGAGUCAACAGAGGAACCAGGGAGCAAAGAAACACAAGCCAUGGACAACCUCACCUCUGCGCCUGGGAAUGGCAGCCUGUGCACCAGAGAUUACAAAAUCACCCAGGUCCUCUUCCCGCUCCUCUAUACUGUCCUGUUUUUUGUUGGACUCAUCACAAAUAGCCUGGCAAUGAGAAUUUUCUUUCAAAUCCGCAGUAAAUCCAACUUUAUUAUUUUCCUUAAGAACACAGUCAUUUCUGAUCUUCUCAUGAUUCUGACUUUUCCAUUCAAAAUCCUCAGUGAUGCCAAACUGGGAACAGGACCCUUGAGAGCUUUUGUGUGCCAAGUGACUUCUGUCAUAUUUUACUUCACAAUGUAUAUCAGUAUUUCAUUCCUAGGACUGAUAACCAUCGAUCGCUACCAGAAAACCACCAGGCCAUUUAAAACCUCCAACCCCAACAAUCUCCUGGGGGCCAAGAUUCUCUCUGUGGUUAUCUGGGCAUUCAUGUUCUUACUCUCCUUGCCUAACAUGAUUCUGACCAACAGACGGCCAAGUGACAACGUGAAGAAAUGCUCUUUCCUAAAAUCAGAGUUUGGUUUGGUCUGGCAUGAAAUAGUCAAUUACAUCUGCCAAGUCAUUUUCUGGAUUAAUUUUCUAAUUGUCAUUGUAUGCUACACGCUCAUUACAAAAGAACUGUACAAGUCAUAUGUAAGAACCAGGGGCGUAGGCAAAGUCCCCAAGAAAAAGGUAAACAUCAAAGUUUUCAUUAUCAUUGCUGUGUUUCUUAUUUGUUUUGUUCCUUUCCAUUUUGCCCGUAUUCCUUACACCCUGAGUCAAACCCGGGAUGUCUUUGACUGCUCUGCUGAGAAUACCCUGUUCUAUGUGAAAGAGAGUACCCUCUGGUUAACUUCCCUAAAUGCAUGCCUGGAUCCAUUCAUCUACUUUUUCCUUUGCAAAUCCUUCAAAAAUUCCUUGAUGAGUAUGCUGAAAUGCUCCAAUUCUGCAUCAUCCCCAACCCACCGAAAUAGGAAAAAAGGACAAGAUGGUGAUGAUCCAAGUGAAGAGACUCCAAUGUAAACAAACUGAGGUAAUAUUUCAAUCCAUUAGUGUUUGGAACUCCUAAAAGGCAAACACUAUGUGAAAUAUUAAUACCAAGAAGGAGCUGAGUUAGUAACAAUAACUUUUGAAACAAGUAAUAGAAGACUACAUAAGCAACUUUCAUUUACUUGUCCAAUACUGAAAGCGAUCUUAAAAAGCAGAAAAGUAUCCUAACAUGUAGCUGUGCGGCAAAACAAACUGCACCAAUCACCACGCCAUGAGCAAAACUACACAGAAGUCAUCAUAUGCAGAGGUUUAGAAAAAUGGGCAACGAUAUAAUAACAUCUACUGUAACUCUUUAAAUACAUUACUGCUCGCAACGCUAUAAUCAACUAAGAAUAAUAAAUGUGAUAAAACUUUUUGACUAUAUAUUAUACUUAAUAUAUGUAUAUGUACUUAUACAUACUUACACACACACACUCACACACACACAAACACACAUAUAUAUAUCCCAGUCCCUUAACCAAAUGUUGGCCUACUGUAACACUACUACCCAUUAUAAAAAUUUAAGUAACUGGGAUGUGCAAAGAAGAGUAACUACUAACUUUUAAUUAUAAGCAAAAACUUAAGAGAUAAACUAAUUUGAAUGGUAAUUGAUCAGACUGAAUUUUUUUUUCACUAAGAAGAUAGAGGUUUAAAAACUACCUUCUCAAGAAAAAGAGUAGAAGCAGCAAAGUUAUUAAAAUAAGUUAUUUUAUGACAUUCUAAUACUCAAAACUUAUGAGUAUUUCCUUAAUACCAGAGAAACCAGUCUACUAAUAUUUUGACAACUUUAGUAAAUACAGUAUCAUCAUUGAUACUUAUUUUUAUUAACUAGCUUCUAGAAACUAUUUGUGACUUGGGUAAAUGCACACUUGCCUUAUGAAAAAAAUCAAAUUAAAUAUGUUGAUGCACUUGUCCAGUAUAACUAUGAACAAAAAAGUGAUGAAAAUGUUUGGAAUUACCUCUUUGUCAUUUCGUUUGUCAAAAAAAUUACAUUAAACUCUAAAACACA